AUGUCCGACAUUAAACCUAUCUUCGUCUUUGUUCCUGGGGCAUGGCACACCGCCGACGGCUUUGAUCAAGUUCGUUCCUUGCUCAUGGAUCAAGGAUACGACAGCGAAGCUAUCUCGACACCAUCUGUUGGCUCCAGUAAUCCUGAGAAUGGGCUCCACGCAGAUAUCGAAUACACCAAGUCUGUUAUCAAGGGCUUGGUAGAUAGUGGCCGCCAGGCUGUGGUUGUGAACCAUUCUUAUGGAGGGAUAGUAGGAGCUGGGGCGGUCGAGGGACUCGGAUAUAAGCAGCGAGUUGAGAAUGGCCAGACUGGGGGUGUGAUUAUGGUUGUGUGGAUGGGAGCAUUCGUUGCGCCUAAGGGCCUGUCAUUGUACAAUAUGCUUGGAAAUCAAUGGCUUCCUUGGAUGGUUCCAAAGGAUGAAGAGGGAUACUGUUAUUCGUCUCAAGAAGAGGUCAUCUUCUAUCAUGAUAUGACAGAAACGGAACAGAAGAAAUGGAUCUCGAAGCUCCAGCCGCAGACGUUGAAAUCCUUCCUUGAGCCAGCAGUUUAUGAAUCUUGGAAGGAUAUUCCUUCUAUGUACAUCUACUGUGUUGAAGAUCAGGCCUUGCCCAUGGUUGUCCAGGAGGGGUUUGUCAAAACUUUGAAUGAGCCCGUGAAGUUCCAUAUUGAUGCUUCGCAUUCGCCGUUUUUGAGCAAGCCGGAUGAGGUUGUGAAGGGGCUUGAGAUUGCGGUUGAGGCUGGGCAGACAGCUAUUGAAGUACGAUGA